GCCGCGGUGCGUUCCACGUAUAGACGUCUCUCCGGUGGGAUCGAUAUCACGUACGAGGGAAAAGGAGCCGAUUCGCGACGUGUCCCUUUAACUCCGAAAAAUCGUACGGAAGCGCCAAUCGUUAUCCGAUCUGCGGGGACGUCGCAUCCUCUCGCGAAGCGUUCGAUCAUCCUGUCACAUCCCCGACGUGCAAAUCAAAACAGAGACGUAUCGUGAACCUCGCCGGCGGGCAGGAGGAACGCGCAGUGGCGGAAGGAAAGGAGAUGACACGUGGGGUCGCACGAGAGAACGGAGCCGCGAUCUUUUCGCGCGCGCGCAAAUAACGAUCGAGGAAGAGGUGAGGUGUACGACGGCCUUGGAGGCGGCGAAUGACAGCUUCUGACCGAUCGACAGUCGCUUACGUAGCGGCCGGCUUAGCACCGACGAUUUAUUCGAGUUUCGCAAUCUCUCUCGAUCGCCGACACCGACCGUGAUCGGCUAUCGAGAUCUCGGGGCUCUCGCUUCGCUCGGCCGGAGUAGGAAGAAGCCGAACUCUUCCCCGUAAAUAUACUCUCGUUUCCCCGAACGAAACACAAAGCGCGACGAAGUGGCGGCACGAUGUAGCGCGGCGACCUCGGUCGAGAGGCGCGGACUUUCUUACGUCAAGUACUCGAGACGAGCGCGAAAGAUCUACGAGGGAUUAUUCGCGAGUGAGACAAACGCGAGGAUGAAGACGAUGGGCGACGUCGUCGCGGAUUCGAUCGACGAGACCGACAGCACGGUGCAGCCCUCAAGCGCGAGCAAGGAGUUCGGCCAGAGAACCCUCAGGUCCUUGAAGAGAGGACUGGGCCGACUUUGGAGGAGACACAGAGGCAACGCGUCGAUAACCGAAUACGAUCCCUCCUACAAAGUCGCGUAUCUCGGAAACGUGCUGACCGGAUGGGCCAAGGGUGAAGGCUGCGUCGAGAAGCCCGUGUCGACCCUAUGGCGGAACUAUGUAACCAGCAGCAGACCCGACGUCUCCAUGAGGCUGACAGUGACCAACGGCGGGCUGACCGCGACCACCAAGGACCACGGCCUCACCGAGUACUGGGCUCACCGUGUGACUUAUUGCACGGCCCCGGCCUCUCACCCGCGACUGUUCGUCUGGGUGUAUCGGCACGAGGGCCGCAGACUGAGGCCCGAAUUGAGGUGUCACGCAGCACUGUGCAGCAAGGAGUCUACCGCAAGGAGACUCGCCUCGAUCUUGAAUACCAGGCUGCAGCAGGCGCUCAUGGAAUUCCGUCGGGACAAGGUCUCCAGGCAAAACGCCAGGUUGUCUCUGGCGAGCGCGUUAUACGACAACCCGUCGUUGCCGCGUAGGAAGCUCCUCUUGAGCACCGGCGGCCAGAACUACCGGCCGCCCUUGGAGAGGUCGAAGAGCGCGCCUAAGCUGUCGGCGAUCGAGGAGGACACGGUGGCCGAGGAGAUAGAGCAGAAGAGGCUGCUGGAAGAGCUGCGUUCCUUGGAGAACGUAGCGCGUAGCUGGGAGGACCAGGACAGCUGGAGGAUAGCCAGACUGCUGGACGCCCUCAAUCGCGAGUCUGACGAAAACGGUAGCAUCUCCAGCGGAUGCGAAACCGCCAGCACGGCGACCAGCGAGGAGAGAGCCACCUGCCCGGAGGAGCCGCUCCCGCAGAAUCAAAACGAUCAGCGGGGGUCGACCAAAAGAGUUAUCUUCGUGAAGGACCGAGUCAGCAGGGGGCCAGGGCCGCGAAGGAACUCGGAAGGUUCGGCGCAUUUUAUGACGUGCGCCGGCAGUCCUCGUUUUAAUCCUAUAGAUCCCAUGAAGAGGUUUCCCUUGACGAGCGAAGAGGAUGAAUCGAUGGAAGAGGAAGAAGAGGAAAUGGAGGACACCACUUCAAACGUGUUCGAUUUCGAGGAUGUCGAGGAUCUCGAUGAUGUAGUGGAUUAUCGACCGAGGGGAGAGAUGUUGAACAGGAUUGAGGAUCCGCAGAAGAGAGAGAGGCGAGUGAAUGAGAAGUAUCCUGGCAGGAUAGGUCAUGAAUUUCUGCAGAACGAGGAGACUUCAUUCCUAACUCUGGAUUCUCUCGACGAGGAGGCCGACAGCGACGAGAGCGGUUACGUGGAGGCGCCACCAAAGUCUUUACUAGGUCAAGACGACAAGAAGGAGGAGGAAGAGAGCGAACAUCCGCGAUUAGAGCCAUUUACGAAUAAAAGAGAGGACAAAUCAGAGUCAGCGACAACGUAUAGAACUGACGGAAGCGAGAAUCAGAGGACGAAACACGAAGAUUCUAAAAUGGAGCAGGAGGAGAGAAAAGCGGAGAAGAAAGAUCCCUUAUUGGUGGUCAACGAUAAUCAAAGGGUCAAGGAGAGGGAACGGGAGAGAGUGGACUUCAAGUAUCCCAUUUCGGAAACUAUCAGAAAGUUAGCUAGCGCGUCAUUAAGGAAUUCCAAAUCUUUCGAAAUGACGAGCAACAAUUGCUUGAACGUCCUAAAUAAUUUCAAAACCUCCAAGUCAUUCGACAGCGUGAAGAACGACGAGAUUACCGUGGAUUCGCCGAGUCUUCACCAAAGGAAGCAAUUGUUGGCACAGCGCGGUGUCAUGGUUUGAAAUAGUCCCUUUCGAGUUGAAUAUUCUUCCGAUUCUAUAUUACGAAUUGAACGGAAUCAGUGAAUAAAUAUUUAUUUGUUAUUAAGUUAUUACGAACCAUAAAAAUGCUUAUAAUUAUGUUUCAUGAAAAUAUCGAACCUAUAAAUAAGAGCGUAAAAUUAAUAUACAAGCUAAUAUGUGCCUGAUUAAUAGAUUUAUUAAAUUGUAUCGAUUCAUCAAGCAAAAAUAGGAUUUUGUUGCAAAUAUUUAUCAUGGAGUCAUUUUCCUUAUUGCUCGUAGCGCUCAAUCUAUUUAAUAGAUUAAUUCGAUGAUAAAUGCACUGGAGUUCUGUCAAAGUCACAUUAAACAAAUCUAUUUAAAUAAUAUCGAAACAACAAUUAAGAUAUUGUUCAAAUAAUUUGCAAGAUUUUGAAGAGUUCCACUUGAAUCUUAAAUGCAAGACAAAAUAUUACCACCGAGUUAAACAAACACUCACAAUCAGUGUCGGAAUUCGACUUGAGCGCAAUAUUCUAAGCCAUUCUAAGGGAUGUGGUUUUUCUAGAUUGGUUUCUUGUGACUUUGCAGAAAAAUUAAUAUUAAAAUUAACGAUACAUUAAGAUUUAUUAAAAAGUCGUCCAGCUAAAUCAAAUUUGAUAUAAAAUGAAGCAAAUCAGAUUAUAGUAGAGAAAUCACUAAUAAUUUCCAGAUAAACUACUAUAACGACAACAUUAUUGCUUUAUUCUUUAAUAAUACAAUUAGAAAGGUGUUUUUUUACCAUGCAAAAUUUCUAGUCCUUGGCAUUAUAUCUACAAGUUGACAAGGAAAAUAUAUACCCAUACUAUACAUAAAUAUAUAAGGUAGAUGUGAAAAUCUUGGGAUUAUUGAAUCUUUGAUAUUCGUAUCCAUUGCGUAUUGCUGAAGUUGAAAAAUAAAAACAGUCUAAUAGAAUACAGUUUAAUAGAACGGGCUUUAUCAAACAAUGCAAUCGGUAGAACUGGAAUAAAAUCAACUCGUACAAGUAUAGAAAUUGUAGUCUUGUUCAAGUACAAUGAGCUGGGUAAUUUAGCAAUAUGAUUUUUCGUGCUGUUGAUAUUGAGCUUCUAUAAACAACAUUUGAACGUGGAAGUUUUCGAAGAUUAUUUGCAAAGGGACUGUUCAUUGAACCAUUUAAGGUGUCAGCAGAGCAUCGUGUCUUAUUGGUUAUGAUGUUAACGAGUCGACGAAGUUAAGUUUGAAAUCUGGUGGAAUAGAAGAUGUAAAUCAUAGGAAGUAUAUAAUUAAGUAAAAUUAAGUGGCCACACGCUUGUAAAUAUGACUUUUUACGAGGUGGAAAUCGACGAUACAUCAUUGCUCGUAAUAUUAUUAUUACGAGUGAGAACACAAAUGAAUAUAUAUUGUAGAAUACGACUUUGGUUCGUAUUGCGUCCGCUUAUCCGUGAACAUUCCAACGCAAAUC